AUGUUCCCUAUCGCUGGCCUAGCACUAUCAGCCUGGUUGCUAUACGUCUUGGUCAAAGCAAUCUGGGGAUGGCAAGCCAAACUACCUGGUCCCUGGUAUACAAACAUCACCAGCUUCGUACUGAAAUAUCACGAAUUCACAAAAAAUCGUCGACUAUGGAUUCAUGAAUUGCAUAGAACAUAUGGACCAGUUGUUCGUGUGGCUCCGAAUGAAGUCUCAUUCUCGAACCUGGAAGGAAUGAAGGAGAUUUAUCAGAGCGGAAGGAGUGGAUACGACAAGACUGAGUUUUAUGAUUUAUUUAAGCAAUAUGGGUAUCGGACGUUGUUCACGACGCCGAGCAAGGUUGAUCAUGCUACGAGGAGGAGGAUACUUGCAGAUAGGUAUUCGAUGACGAAUUUUCUUCGUGCGCCGAUGCUUGAAGGGUUUGAGAAGAGGGCUGCGUCGGUAUUGAAGCAAUGUGAAGCAUCUCGUGGUGGUUAUCUGGAUGUCUACGUCACCCUGCAUUGUUAUGCAUUGGACUGCGCUUCGCAUUUUCUGUUCAAUCCUGGCGGAACAGAUACUUUGAAUAACGUGGAAGACUUCAAACUCAUGCAAGAGCUGUCGUAUCAUGAUAGUAUCAAACAACGAUAUAUCCAACAUUACUGGCCAGCCUUGAACAAGAUCUUCGCAUCUUUCCUCAGCCCUAAGCGAGUAUCUCUUUCGAGAAGCUAUGUUCUUGAACAAGCGCAUCAACAAAGCCCUCACGAGUCAUCUCUCAUGCACAAAUUGCAAAGCAAGUCUUCUGAGCUCGCUCCAAUCGAGAUGGCAGCGGAAUGCAUGGAUCAUAUGGCGGCUGGAAUUGACACUACCGGGGAUAGUCUUUGUUUUCUGAUGUAUGAACUGUCGCUGCCGCGCUCACAACAUAUACAGCAACGCCUUCGCCAGGAGAUCUCCCAGAAUCCGGAUGCAAGGAUAAAUGAAUUACCGUAUCUUGAUGCUGUUAUCAAAGAGGGUCUACGCCUCUUUGCGCCAAUCCCGAUGAGUUUGCCUAGAUAUGUUCCUGAAAAUGGCAGAAAUAUCUGUGGUUAUGACUGCCCUGAAGGCGCCAUAGUGAGCUGCCAGGCAUACUCGCUUCAUUUAGUGAAUACAGGGGCGUUUCCGAAUGCCGAGUCAUUCAUGCCUGAGAGGUGGUUGCAGAAAGAAGGAGAAGCCGAGAGGAAUAGACUGUUCUUUGCUUUUUCUGCUGGUGGACGAGGGUGUAUAGGUAAACACAAUGGUGGAAAUGAAGACGUUAUUGCGGGGGAUCUAUAG